UGGCGGCUGUGGCUGCUGACGAUGUUGGCCAAUUUUUCACUUCAGUUGAUUUUAGAUCGUGGAACGAAUUUGUCUAAACACAAAUCUAUGUAUUUAUUAAACAAAAAUCGGUGAAAAUAGUAACGAAACGACAAUAAAACAAAUUUUACGAAAAACUUUCGAAUGUUAAUUGUGAAUUAAAACAUCAUCAUCAUUACAAUGUGUUAAAAAAAAGAAUAUUUUGAACAACUACUACAAAAAAAAAACCAGUGAUACGAAUUUAAAAAAAAAAGAGUAACGACAUUUUGAAAUUUUGAAAAACCAAAAUUCAACCACCGAUUCGAAAAGCAACAUUAUGCCUUUUGUUACACCCAAAAGCACAAGUUCGACACCCGCUUCAACCCGCACCACAUUUCGACCACCAUGGGUUAAAGACGAUGGUGCGGCAAGUGCCCUAAAGCCAGUGGCCAAAACCUCAGUGCCCUGGGCCAAGAAGAACAAUGAGCCUGCUGCUAAUGCCAACAACAAUGAGAAAACAACACCCAGCACCAACAGUAUUUUGAAAAAACCCACCACAUCCACCACCGCAAAUGCCACCGCCACCAACUCCAAAACAAAUGCCGAACCCAAAAAACCCUUAACUACUCCAGCCAAGAAUGAAGCGGUGUCGGCUUUGAAAAAACCCUCAACUACCACCAACACAGUGGCCAACAAUAAGGCAGCGGCAGCGGGUAAGGCAACACCCAAUAAGACUGUGGUCAAGAAAAAAGAACCCACUCCACCACCGUCCUCCUCGGAAGAGGAAGAAACUGAGGAGGAAACCGAGGAAGAGGAAUCCGAGGAAGAGGAAUCCGAAGAAGAAGAAACCGAGGAAGAAGAGUCCGAAGAAGAAGAAUCCGAGGAAGAUCAGAAGCAAACAAAUCAAAAGAAAUCCACCACCCCCACACCAGCUGCCAAAGCCCCUGGCACAGCAGCCGCAGCAGCAGCAGCCAAGAAGACCCCAGCAGCGGCCACUCCCAAGGGGGCUGCCGCCAAAAAGCCGGAACCCGAAGAAAGUGAGUUGAAACGACGCUUCUCAUUAGAAAAGCCCAAGCUUAGGCCGGUUGUUGUUAAACGCGACAAAUCAAUGAAAAAAAUCGAAGAUGACGAGGAGGCUGAUGAAGGUGAAACCGAAGAGGAUCGCGACCGUAGAUUGCGUUUUAAAUUAGAAAAACCCAAGCUUAGGCAUGUUAAGCGCGAAGAGAAACCCUUGCCCAGUAAGAGUAGUGAGAAUGUGAUAAACAAAAUUCGGCCCGUUCUCAAAAAAGUCCCCAAAGUAGAUGAAAUCCUUAAGGAAAACAAAGAGGAGGCCAAGCCGGAAUUUAAAACCAAAACUCUGCGUAAAACGCCUUCCAUAAAACGUGAGCCAAGUAUCAAAAAUGUUCCUGCACCACCACCAUUGCCCUCACUGGUGCCCAAGGCUCCUCCACCACCACCACCGCCAUUGGGAAAACAAGGUGAAAAACGUGCACUUAGUGAAGCUCAAAAGCAGGCCUUGGAAAAACUAAAAACUCGACCUCGCCGUCGUCCUGAUUGGUCCGAAAUGAUGAAGGAGGUGGAAAGUGGCCGCAAACUGCGACAUGUAGAAUGCAAUGACAGAUCUCAACCCAUACUCACUUGCAAAUCAAUGACCAAGGUGGACAAUAAAUUCAUUUACGAAACCGAAAAACAAAAUUCCCACAAUAAAUUGUUGAAACAAAUUCAAUCGGGUGUACGUCUAAAGCCAACCCAAACAAAUGAUCGCAGCAAACCCAUCAUUGAGGGUCUGCGUAAAUUCCGCCGGCAAAUGACCAUUGAAGAGCAAUUGCAAAAAUCCCAAUCGAAAGUGAAUAUGUUGGCAGCAGCCAUAGCGGCAGCUGAUACCGCCGCGGCUUCAGCAGAUACUACGGAUGGUGCCGCCUCAACCACAACAACGGCCAAUGCUUUAUCCCGAGCUGGCAGCAUUGUCUCCGCCUUGGUGGAUGUCUCCAGUUCUGAUGAAUUGGAUGAUAUUGAUUUGCUGCGCGAAGAUCUACAGAGUACCAAACAAAUGCUGGCCUUUGAAUUGCGCAAUCGUGAGGCCCAAGAUAGAGAAAAUAAAAAACUUCUAGCCAAAAUUGCUACUCUGGAAGCUGAGCUGGAACGCGAAAAAUCCCGCGAUAAAACUCUUGAGUAUGGCUCUCGCAUUAUUGUGGCCACCAUGGAGACCACUCCCGAUGCCGAAGAAUCUUUUGUCAAUUCACUGAAAAAGGAAUCCGAAGAAUCCCGCAGACAUGCCAAAGAUUUGGAAGCUAAAUAUUUGGUAACAGGUGAACUGCUGGAUCAGGCCAAAACCCAAAUUGAAGAGCAAAAGAGACUUAUACAAUCCCUGGAAAGAAAAUUGGCUUUGGCCUUACAGGGCAUAUGCACCCUACAUGGCCAUGCUAAUAGUUCAACGCAAAACAAUUAUUAUUAUGGUUAUGAUGAAGACGAUUAUGAUCCACAAACAUUUAAUCAUUGCAAUGGCCGACAUAAGGGUGACUAUGAUGGCAGAAGAGCUAGUGAAGGCUUUAAUGGCGCCGAUAAUGCAUCAGACUUUGAACCAGAGAGUGAAAGUGAUCCCGAUGAGCCUGAGGAAAAGAAGAUUGCCAGACGUGAACGUCGACUGAACAAGGAGGUGAAAAUAUUACGCGGCAAGCUCACAAAGGUCAAGGUGAAACAGGAAGCAGCCAAGAAGGAAAAGGCCGCCCUGAAGGAAGCCAUGAAAAAGAAUCAUGUCAUUCUUAAGCAAGAAAAGAAGAAAUUCAAAAAAUUGGAAAAGGAAGUACACAAAAUGGCUGCAUCCAUGAAAGAUAUGGAUUUGGAUGAAGAAAAUGAAGAAGAAGAAAAGGAAGAGAAGGAAGAAGAGGAAGAAGAAGAAUCCGAAGAAGAGUCUGAGGAAGAAUCUGAAGAAUCCGAAUCCGAGGAGAGUGGAAAUGAGACAGAAAGUGAAUCAGAAGCAGAGGAUGCCACAAAUGCCGCCAAGAAGGAUAACCUGGAACCCAGACUCAAGAAACACGAGAGUCGCUUGCUUGCCAUGAAGAAAUGCAAUGUUUUGUUGCAAUCCAACGUUGACAAUUUGCAAGAUGAAAUUCAUCAAUAUCGUUCCAAGGCAUCCAAUCUCCAAAAUGAACUGGACGCAGUUUUAGCAGAUUUAGGAUUCUAGUUUCUACUCCCCUCAAAACACUCAACAACACAAAGCCACAAACACACACACACACACACGAGUACACACACGUAAACCGCAAAGCAAAAAACAAUACCUAAUUUAAUGACAAAUUUUAUUGUUUUUAUAUAAGCUACAUACUUACGUACGUAUAUCAUUAUAUAUAUGGUAACAUACACAAUAAAGAAUUUAAUUCUUACCCCCAAAAAUA